AUGGCUUUCAAAUUCGUAGUAUUUUGCGCUGUUUUGGCUUGCGCCAAUGCCGGUCUCAUCGGUGCACCAGUUGCUCACUACUCUCCAGCUGAAGCAGUCAGCUCCAGCUACAUCCACCAAGCAGCUGCACCAAUUGCUGUAGCCCAUGCCGCUCCACUCAUCGCCAAGACUUACGCCGCCCCAGUAGCCACCUAUGCACAUGCUGCCCCAGUAGCUACCUACGCUCAUACCGCACCAGUAGCCACCUAUGCCCAUGCUGCUCCAGUAGCUGCUUACGCCCAUGCCGCCCCAAUUGCCGUAGGAACCACCAGCCAAAGCGUAGUCCGUUCUUUGGGAGGAGCUCAAGCAGUAUCUCACUACUCCAAGGCUGAAGACAGUGCCUUCUCCACCGUCCGCAAAUACGAUACCCGCAUCACCAACGAUGCUUACUCCUUUGCCCAUGCCGCCCCAGUAGCUACCUACGCCAAGACCUAUGCUGCUCCAUUAGUCGCUAAGGCUGCUUAUGUAGCCCCUGUAGCUACUUAUGCUCAUGCCGCUCCAGUCGCCACUUAUGCUCAUGCUGCUCCAGUAGCUACCUACGCUCAUGCUGCUCCUGUUGCCAAAGCCGCCAUUGCCUACUCUCCAGCAAGCGUUGUCUCUCAUACCUCCUUCGCUGGUCUUGGUGCCCAUUACGAAUGGUAA